GUUGGGGUUAGAGAGAAUGUUCUAAUCCAUCACCUUUGUGCCAAUUGUCUAUAAAAAUUAAUGUGCAAGUGAAACUCUGCCUUCAAAUGGGGACAAAUCAAAUUCCAAAUGACCAUUCAUGAGCACAAAGACAGACAUGAAUGACUCUGAAGAUUUCAAGGAUGGCCACUGCAGAAGCAAAGACCAAACAGAUGGAACAGGAAUGAGUCUGGGCAAAGAAGAGAAAGGAGUUCAAGUAACUAGGAAGUAUGUACCUUCAUUGGGCCAGAGCUGCAGAGGAGGAGGUCCAUCUGCUCACCAGUCUCUGACCAGCACUGAAACACUCUCAGAACCUCUUGCAGUUACUGCAGCUGGUCCUUUUCAUCAAGCUGAAGAUCUGAGAGUGGAGAAAUGUGCCCAAGGGGAGGACUGGAUGAAGGAGGAAUCAUCCCAGACUAAGGUGUCCCUUGGUGGACUAGGUGUUCACCAGCAGACCAUGGAGGAGCUGAAGAGCAUCCUGAGGGACAGUCAUCUGCUCACCAUCCGAGGAACAGAUGAGGGAAAACCAGGAAGCCCGUUUACGUAUCUCCAUGAGAGCAGCAGCAGUAGUGGUGGAGGACGUGAGAGACGAGAGGAUGAUGUCAACCCUCACAGGACGUUCAGCACCUUCAAACCUCAGUCUGAUGCUUCUAGAAGGGGGGGUAGCUCCAGAGAAAGUUCACCUAUUCAGCUGCCUUCCACCGUGGAUUCAUCUAGCUCGUCCAGGGCUCCUGCCAAAACAAAUAGGCAGCCUGGAGUCAGGAUCUACGCACAUUCAAGCGGCAGCUCCUGGGGCGAGACUGGAGAUUCUCUUUCAGAUAAAGAAAACAAAGCCGUUGAGUUCUCCGGGAACCUGAGGUUUUUCUCAGCCAUGGAGCAAAUCAAGCAGCAGAUCGCCAGAGAAAACAUCAACUUUGUCAGGUUUGAAGCCACCGACCUCCAUGGAGUGUCACGGUCCAAGACAGUGCCUGUCCGCUUCUUCCACGAGAAAGCAAUAUAUGGGGUGCCUAUGCCUAGAAGCUAUUUGGAGCUGACCCUGAGCCCAAAGAGCAAUGAAGUGGACCACGCCAGCACUGCUAUCUUCAGUAGUGAUGUUCUUCUGAUCCCUGACCUUUCAACAUUCAGAGUCCUACCAUGGGCUGAGCAGACAGCACGGGUCAUAUGUGAUCCAUGCACUGUAACAGGAAGCCCCCUUCGCACCUCACCUCGCCUUAUUGCCAAGCAGCUCCUCGCACAGCUCCAAAGCCUGGGAUUCUCCCUGCACUCAUCCUUCACCUAUGAAUGCUGCGUGCUGGGAGCCCCUGACAGAAUUGGACCAAAGACUCUCCUGUUCCCUGCCACCACGCUUCUUAGCAACCACGACCUCCCAUUCUUCCAGCAGCUGGUGGACAGCAUGUACUGCAUAGGUGCAGACAUAGACAGUAUUGCCUCUGCAAGUGGGCCUGGCCAGAUGGAGAUCAAUUUGAGGCCAGAAUUUGGGAUUGCAGCUGCCGACAGUGCCUUUACCUUGCGUACUGGCAUUAAAGAAAUGGCUCGUAAACACAGCUAUAUCGCCAGCUUUUUCACUGAUGAUGGUCUGUAUAAUGCGGGUGUGCUCUCCCAUAGUCUGUGGGAUGCAAAUGGGCGACGCAGCCUCUUUCAGAGUGGUGAAAAGGCAGCAGAUCUGUCUGAGAUUGGCAGGAAAUGGCUGGCUGGGCUCCUCACCCACUCCGCAGCCCUAAGCUGCCUGAUGUCACCCGGCCUGGGCUGCCGGAGCCAUAUUGCCAGGACCAUCAAAGACCCAAAACAAAUGCUGUAUGCCAGCUGUGGCUGCAAUGACAACAGCAGUUCUUUUAAUAUCAAAUGUCAUGGCGGGAGAGAGACGCACAUCGACAACAAGCUUGGCUCAGCUAUGGCAAACCCUUACAUUGUACUGGCUGCUACUGUGGCUGCAGGUCUGGAUGGUAUCAGGAGAAACCUGAACAUUGAGAACAUUCUGAGCAAAGCUCCUGGUCAACAGAGAGAAUUUGCCAUUCCCGUGAAGCUUGAUAAUGCUCUCGAGGCACUGGCAGAGGAUCAUGUCAUCUGCAACUCCCUUGGAGAACCAUUUGUUCAAUACUUCAUCGCUAUGAAGAAGUUUGAGAUCGAGACCCAGGAACUGGACGAUGAAAGAAACAAGUGCCUUGAGUAUUUCAUUUGAAAAUUGUAGCUGUUUGUGUUCAGAAUCUUAGUAAUAGGUGAAAAAGUUUCCUUUGUCACAUAAAGUGAAGCAAGACAAAGAAUUUAUCAGAUAUUUUAUUAAAAAUGCUGAGUUUUACAGAUUCUUCUGAGUCAAAAUAAACAAGUUAAUCCCAAAA